AAUAGACCCGAUUCAAUUUUGGAACCUCCUAAUGCCAUCAGCGACAUUUACAUGCAUGAGUCUGCUGAAAUCUCAGAUGUCACUGAGAACAAAGUUCAAACACCUUCCGUGCACCAAGUCAAUCCGCUACAUCUCCCACCUCUCGCGCAAGCCCCGCCACCGCAACUCCAUUCCACUGUCACCGCAACAAGACUCCCAUGCCCUCCUCAAGGAAGACCCAGUCGAAAUUCUCUCUAAUCUCUGGAUCAAAACUUUCUCUCAACCCCAAAACCCCUUCACUAACAUUACCGGUUUUCUCUCAAAGCUCGAUCUCUGGGUACUCGCUUACCAACGCACCUAUGCUCAUUUCACUGGCUCUUUCCCACCCCGCAACGCUCUCCACUCCCACGUCUUAUCCGACCUCUCAUCCCUCCGGAAUACUGUUAUCCAUGGAAAAUUCCUUUGGAACGCAAAAACCCACCAAUUGAUUCGCGGCCCUAAUGAAAAACCCAUUACGGAACAGCUCUCUAGGCGUCAGCUUCACAAUAUACUGACCUCUAAAACGCCGCCGUUUCAGGACAUUGUGGUACAACAAGUUUUACUCAUGAUUCUUGAACCCAUUUUUGAGCCUAGGUUUUCAUCAAAGUCCCAUGCUUUUCGUCCCGGUAGGAAUCCUCAUACUGUUGUUAGGACCAUCAGAAGUAACUUUGCUGGUUAUUUGUGGUUCUUGAAAGGAGAUAUUAGUGAGGUUUUUGAUGAUGUUGAUGUUAAUGUUGUUAUGGGUAGUCUUGAAAAAGCUGUGAAGGAUAAGAAAGUGUUGAACUUGAUCAAAUCAGGGUUGAGAGCUCCCGUGAGGAGCCGAUUAGGAGAGGAGGAGGAUGAAGAAGAGAAGGAUAGUAAGAAAAGAAAGCAAGGUCGGACGAAAAAGAGGAUUUUGAAUGAGAACGACUGUAAGCCAGACCCUUAUUGGUUAAGGACAUUCUUUGAGUUUUCUCCACAGGAGGCUGCUAAGAUACCCAAUUAUGGUUGUUGUGGAAUUCUUAGUCCUUUGCUAGCUAAUGUGUGUCUUAGUGAGCUCGAUCAUAUGAUGGAACAGAAAAUAGUUGAGUUUUUUAGGCCUUGUGAGCGAGAUGCGAUAUGGAAAUAUUCUAUGGAUGACGGUUGUCAUAAUCCUGCUUGGCCUGAGUUUGUUCCUUCAAGUGGGAAAGAGAAGACAAGGAAGAUGGAUUUUAUUAGGUUUGGUGGUCAUUUCUUGGUUGGAAUUCGAGGGCCUAGACAGGAUGCGGUGGAAAUGAGGAAAGAGAUAAUCGAAUUUUGUGAGAGGAUAUUUGGGGUCAGGUUGGACAAUUCAAAAAUAGAGGUGGAGCAUAUUAGUAGGGGAAUUCAGUUCUUGGAUCAUAUUAUUUGCCGUCGUGUAAUUUAUCCGACUCUACGUUACACAGCGAGUGGUGGUAAUAUAGUGAGUGAAAAAGGUAUAGGGACUUUGCUCUCUGUCGCUGUUAGCUUGCAACAAUGUAUUCGCCAGUUUCGGAAGCUCAAGCUUGUGAAAGGUGAUAGGGAUCCGGAGCCACUGCCUUGCACACCAAUGCUUUACUCAGGUCAAGCUCAUACUAAUUCUCAAAUGAAUAAAUUUCUUGAGACAAUGGCUGAGUGGUUCAGAUAUGCUGAUAAUCGGAGAAAAGUUGUUGGGUUUUGUGCUUAUGUGGUUCGUAGCUCUCUGGCUAAGUUAUAUGCUGCCAGGUAUAGACUGAAAUCUCGUGCCAAGGUUUAUAAGAUUGCCUCGCGUGAUUUAAGCCGUCCAUUGAGGGAGCACACCAACAAUUCUGCACCUGAGUAUUCAGAUCUUUUGAGGAUGGGACUUGUUGAUGCUAUUGAAGGUGUUCAGUUUUCCCGCAUGUCUUCAAUCCCAUCAUGUGAUUAUACUCCGUUCCCAAGGAACUGGAUCCCUGACCAUGGGAAGGUGUUGUGUGAAUAUAUCAACUUACAGGAUCCUAAGUUUUUCUGCCAGCUGCACAAGUCAGUUAAACAGCACGGUAUAUGUUUGCCUCAAGAUGAGAUGUCUGAUAUUGUGUGGGAAUAUAAGACUCUUGGGGUGCGAAGCUUGUCACAGAGGUUAUGUGGUGACAAAGGGAUGGAAAAUGCUUCUCAGAAAGUAAUGGCGGCAUCAUGAACAUGGCAUGAGAUAUGCAAGUUAAUCAAUAGAUGUUGCUAUUGGUGAUGCCAACUGGCUUCUUAUUUUAAGAAGCUAGAUGAUCCAUGUCUAUCUUGUGAUAGAUAAUUUUAUAGCUAGAAGUUGAUCUUAUAUAACUAUCCUGGAGAGCAGAUUAAGCUUGAUUGAAGUGAGCAGAUUCCUUUAUGAAAUAAAAACUCAAAACACAUUCAUGUGAUGGACUUGGAUAGGUAUGAGGGAAGAAAGAAGUUACAUCUUCAGAAAUUGUUUGGUCAAGACAGAUUUAUGAGACCAUUGCUUAGUAAGUCUAUUGUAAAAUUGCUAAUUCAUAUUGUUGAGACUUGAGUGGAAUAACUGCUUUGAAAAUGCAUCUAUAAGUUGGAUGAGUUUAUGAAAUGAAUAUAUUAUUGACACAUGGCAGAUGUGCUUUUAGCUUCAGACUCAAGCCCUAGCCAUCUUCACACUCCUUACCACAGGAAGAAUAACGUUUUUUGAAAUGUAUCUAUAAGUUGGAUGAGUUUCAUCAGGGACAUGCAUUCUCAACACUUGAGAGAUCUGCUUUUAUCCUCCCCCAUGGAAACUGUGUGAUCUGCUGCAGUAGGAUGAACCAGAGCAUGAAUAUCCUGCCAAAGCUGAAUUAACGUUAUGGAGUUCUUGUGACUGAUGGCUCAGAAGUUAUGCUGAAAUAAAUGAAGCCAACAAAAAUAAAAGUUGCAUUGCCUAGACAUUUCCUGCAGCAGAAAAAAAGUUCAUCUUCAGCUUGAAAUGCCCAUAUAUUGUAAAGGGAGAGCUUAAGGGUUGCCUACUCAUUUUCUGCACAAUGAUGAUUAGUAUAGCUUUGUAGAAAUGAUUCUGUAAACAACGAUUCCUCGCUCUUCACUUUGGUAAGCUCCUCAUUGACAUCAUUAGUAAUUUCCUUACUCUGCUCAUUGAUAACAUCUUGCUCCA